CCCGGUGUCCGUCAUUUAUCCUGGCCGAGUGGUCGCGGCAGUCACUUGGAGGGUGGAGUCUGUGGUCCGUGAGGCGCUGGACGGCAUUACCCCCCCGGCCGGUUGCCCAGAGGGCCUGUUGUUUGUUCCCCAGUCGGUCCGAACUAGGGUCCUUCAGUGGGGACAUUCCUCCAAUCUAGCUUGUCACCCUGGAGCUGCUCGUACCCUCGCGCUAGUCAAGCAAAGGUUUUGGUGGCCCUCCGUGGCGCGGGACUCUCAUGACUUCAUCUCGUUCUGCCCAGUUUGCGCGGCGGGUAAGACUUCUAACCGUCCCCCGGCGGGACUCUUGUGGCCGCUGCCCACCCCUUCGAGACCCUGUCCCACAUAGCCAUGGAUUUUGUCACGGGAUUACCUCCGUCCUGUGGCAAUUCCGUGGUUCUCACUGUGGUGGACAGGUUCUCGAAGGCGGUAUUUUAUUCCUCAUCCCAAACUCCCGUCAGCGAAGGAGACAGCGGCCAUCAUCCUAGAUAACGUCUUCCGCAUCCAUGGCCUUCCCCUGGACGUGGUUUCUGACAUGGGCCCCCAGUUCGUCUCCAAGUUUUGGACUGAGUUCUGUAGACUCCUGGGGGACACUGCCAGUUUGUCCUCCGGGUACCACCUCCAGACUAAGCUGGGGCCCAAGUUUAUCGGUCCCUUCCCCAUCAACAAGAUCAUCAACCCAGUAACCGUCCAGGUUAAACUACCCCUCACUCUCAGGAGAGUCCACCCCGUUUUUCAUGUGGCCAAGAUUAAUCCCGUCGUACGUUCCCUCCUUCAACUCUUGACCUCUGCCCCUCCGCCCCCUAGACUCAUCGAGGCGUCACCGGCCUACACAGUACAUUGACUCCUCCAUGUUAGGCGGCGGGGCAGGGGUCAUCAAUACCUGGUAGACUGGGAGGGCUACAGUCCGGAGGAGAGAUGCUGGAUUCCCGGUCAGAUAUAUUGGACCGCUCUCUUAUAGAUCGUUUCCGCCGCUCUCGUGAGUAGCUGCCUGGAUGCCAUGGGGCAUCUUAGGGGAGGGGGUUCUGUCAGGCACUGUUUUUGUUUUUCCUUUCACUCCUCUCCCGCCUGGUCCCUGAUUAGCUACUCACUAAAGCAUCGGUUAUUUCCCACAACUGUUCCUCAUUAUCUCCCCUCUAUUUAUGCCGUGCUUUCUCUCACUCAGCGUGGCGAUGUAUUGUUUGUUGGUUCGCACUUGGACUGUACUGAUGUUGUGCUCUCUACUCCGAGUAUUCACAAGCCAGGAUUUAUUCUCUGCAUCUCUCCGUAGUGGGACCGUUAAUGAGACAGCCGGUUUGAACGUUUCUCCCGUUCGGCUGUUUUACUCUCACUACCCUUACAGAUACCGGUGCAUGCUCGCCCAACUGGAGUGAACUAUUUUUUGUUGUACCACGUGCCAACAGUACCAGGUCACCUUGUGUUCCUUGGAUUUAUUUUUGCACGUUUUGGAAUAAACUCUCGUUUUCCCGUAUUCCUGCAUCUGAGUCCUUCUGUUUUCUGACAGACAUGUUCUGAUUGUAUAAAAGCUUAGAGGAAAACCUUUUAUUAAACAUAUUGGUCAUAAAUGGUAAAUUUCACAUACACAAAUAAAAAUGGGUAAAUAAUAAACCCAACAUCAUACUAUUCAAAACUGAAUGAAAGCAUUAUUUCGAGGAGGCUCUUAAAGACACGAUAAAUAAAAAAGCAAAACAAUUAUAUAGAAUUACUGCAACCUGUUCUGUGCUGCUUUCAGAAAUUAAAAUUGUAUUAUUUUGCCUUUAUUUCUCCUGAGACUUUUAUUUUGAAAUCGCGAUCUAAUCUCGCGGAAGUGCGCAUGUUCUAGAGCGUUCAGAAAACGAGAGAGUGACGAUGAUGAUGCAGCACAGCUCAUAUAUGCGAUCUUUUAACAUUUUAUCCUUAAAAAACAUUUGACUUUCACUGAGUUACCAUUUGCAUGGCUGAAGAGGGGCCGGGUCUCAAAUAUGAACGAUGUGAAGCCUUUCAGGCUAGAAUACAGACCCUAGCAAGAGUGCUGGUUGAAACUAGGGGAAUUAGUAACCACUUUUGGGAAGAAUCAACAUUCAUUGACGAAGAGGGGAGAGAGCAGAAUCUGACUGAUGAAAGGAAAGAUUGGUACUUGAAACAACUAACAGAAAUUCGAAACUUAGAUUCUGCCCAACAAGAGUGGCCUUACGUUCAGUGGAAAAAGAUAACACAAGAGUGUUGCAAAGUUGAAGUGUUGAGAUCUUUUUUGAACGAAGUCUGUGAAUACCAAUUUAAAAAGGCUAACAAACCCCCAGGCAUAUCAGCAACGACAUUGCUUAUUCAAAGAAUCCCAUUAGACCUAUUGGCAGGCAGGUACUUUGGUGUAGGACAGCUGGAGGGAUAUCCAUUGGGACAGGGACGCACUGGGCGGCUCAUUACCCAUCCUGAGCUGAGAGUCUCUGCAGAUAUCCGAUAUGUAAAUUGGUCAAACAGAGAAUUGCGUACCAAUAAUCUGGGAGAAGUAAUCCCUCAACAGUUUGUGGCGGUGACUUUGAGAAAAUUGGUAAUGGAAAUUGCCCCAGAAAACUCCAGAUCUUGGUUUGAAUUCCAGUAAAGCAAAUGAUUAAAUAAAGAAACAAAGUUGAUUUGAAAAUCAAAUAAUGAUUUAAUGAAAGAAUUAAAUAAAGAUUAAAAUGAUUUGUUAAAGAAAUAAAGUUGAUUUGAAUACCAAUAAUGAUUUAAUAAAAGAAAUUAAUUAAAAGAAAGAAGUGUUUUAUUGUGUGAAAACUAUUGCAAGAAAUUGUUUAAAAAUGUCAGUCACUCCUGUAGAUCUGUUGGGAUCCAAAUACCCAGUAUGUAAAGACUCAAUAGAAAAAAUAUCCAAAAAGUGGGCUACAAGAACCAAAAACUUAAGAACGAUAUGGCCAGAAAGUGGUACCUUUGAUGUGACAGUGUGUGAGGAAAUGGAAGGCUUAAUAAAGAAUUAUAAACCAAAGGACAAAAACAAGAAACGUAGUGAAAAAAGAAAGGUAGAACAGGAAGUAUUGAACCUGUUCAAAAAUGAAGGAAUUAAUUUCCUGAAAAAUAUGAAAAUAAUUAGAGAAAUGAUAAAAAAGGAUGAUGAAGAGGAAAAACUUGAGAAAAUGACUCAGCCACCUCCCUAUGAACCCUUCAAAAGCCAAAUGAUAAAACAAAUGCCAGUAGUAACCAUGUCAGGAGAUGUCACAAUAGAAGGGCAGGUAGAGAUAACACCCUACCCAGAGGAAGGAAAUAAGGAACCAAUCCCCCUGAGAGCAGGAAAGAGUAGGGACAGCAACAGCAAAGCCAAAAAGAAAGCCUCAGGCUGUACAUCAAAUCGAAAUGAUGAAGAACAAGAUGAAGAUGUGAUCAGCCCUUAUGCAGAAGCGCAGGAAGCAUUGUCAGAAUUAAUUAGAGGAAGGGAUGAGGUAUAUAGAGAUGCAACAGAAUUUUUGAGAAAAAUACAAGCAGACUCUGCUCGUGGUUUAGAAGUGACUUCAAAAGCCAACUCUGAAGCAAGCGAGGAAGAAGAAGAGGAGGAAGCCCAAUCUGAAGCUGGCAGUGAAAGCAGUCAUCAAGCAAGACGUUCUCCAACUAACCGAGAGACCUCAUCAGGGCAGACCUCAAGAAAUCCCAAGGAAGGAGAAUAUAAGUUCGUAGCAGGCAAAAUCUAUCUCCAAGAUUCAGAGAUCGAACCAAACCAACUAGACCAAUUAGUUUGGACACGAAAGGAAGGAGGGAGACUGAGAAAGCCUGUAGACAUAAGCACUCCUAGAAAAUGCCAGAAACAAAGUGAUGCUGCAGGGCAAUGCCCUAUCCUGAUAAAAGGGAGACAAGCGCAAUAUGUGCCAUGGGGCUCCCAAGACUUGGAUGGACUAGUUGCACGCCUGCCGGAUCUACAUGAAGGGGCGGGCAAAUGGAUCAAAAUGGUGGAGGAUGAGACCACUGGAAAACUGCUAGCACUGGGAGAUAUAAAAGCACUCCUAGCCAAAUGUGUGGGAAGUUCUAAGAUGAAUGAACUUUUAAGAGCAGCAGGCCUCCAAAAUGCAAUAAACUCACCAUUCAUGGACGGAAAUCCAUUUAAUGGAAAUAGAGCACGGAUGUGGCAGGAGCUAAGGAAUGGAUACCCCAACCGUAUUGACCCUCGAACACUCAAAGGGGAACAUCUGGGAGAGGAAGAGAAUCCUGCUACCUAUGUGCGAUCACAGCUAAGAAAAUGGAAGGAAGAACUGGAAAGAGAUCCCGAGGAAGACAUGGUGAUGGCAGCGCUGUUCAGAAAUGCCAUUGUUGACUCUAUGCCACCUGUGGUAAAGGCCCGACUGGAAGACGUAGUGGGUCUGAACUCUAAGUCACAUAAAGAAUUCUGCGAUCAUGUGACCCAUGCUGUAGAACAAUACAGAAAGAACGAACAGAAACUGAAAAAUCAAGAGAAGGAACUUCAAAGAAAAUUGGUACAACUGCAGCUUGAAGAACUGGCCAGAAAGAAAAAGACGCAAGCCGUGGUCAAAGACAAAGACAAAGAAGAAGAUCAUGCAGCAAUGAUGGCUCCAGUGAACACUCCAACACCAAUGAUGCAACAACCAGGAACAGGAAACACUGUACAGCCAGCACCUGGAAGUGGACUACAACAACCAGCGCCUAUUGUCAUUUAUGUAAAGCCUGAACAGCAAAACAGAUUUGGGCCAAGGCCUAUGCAAGGACAAGGACCUAUGCAAGCACAACAAGGAAGACAAAACCAAGGAAGAAACCCAUGCUGGGGAUGUGGGCAACUAGGACAUAACAGAAGGGACUGUCCAAUUAACCCAUGGAACAUGGACCAACGACAAGGUUCUCGAUGGCAAGCAGGCCGCCAACAGCGAGGCCAAUGGCAAGAUCAAAGACAACAAGGACCUAAUUGGCAAGACCAACAACAACAACCAUGGCAAAAUCAACAGCAACAGGGACCAGUCAACCAGCAACAGGGACCAAUCAACCCACAGCAGGGACCAGUCAACCCAUGGCGAGGUCCAGAUGUCGGCUACUAGGGCUGCCCAGAAGAUCCUACCGGGAGAGGUCAGCAUCCAAUGAUAACUGAGAAUGCUGAUACAGAACCUAUGCUGCAGGUUAAUAUUGAAGGCAAGAUCACACCAAUGAUGAUAGACACUGGAGCAACCUACACA